UCUCUGUGUCCUAAAAGAAGAAGAGUCCUCUGCCGUACCCAGGCUGGAGCAAGAUGGCGGGGUCCAAGGUGAAGCAGGACAUGCCUCCUCCGGGAGGAUAUGCUGCUUUCGAUUACAAGAGAAAUCUUCCUAAACGAGGACUUUCUGGUUUUAGUAUGUUUGGAAUCGGCAUCGGCAUCAUGAUGUUCGGCUACUGGCGGCUGUUCAGCUGGAACAGAGAGAGGAGGCGCUUGCAGAUUGAGGAGCUGGAGGCUAGGGUAGCGCUGAUGCCGCUUCUGCAGGCAGAGCACGACCGAAGAACUUUAAGGAUGCUUAGAGAAAACUUGGAAGAGGAGGCAGUCAUCAUGAAAGAUGUGCCAGGCUGGAAGGUGGGUGAGAGCGUCUUCCACACAGAUCGCUGGGUCACCCCUAUGACCGAGGAGCUGUUCAACCUGCGACCACGUGAGGAGCUUUUGCACAAGCGUUUUGGCUUCCUGUGGUACGUGUGAUCCUGCCUGUGGAUGUCCCAAGAUCCAGCACCCAUGUGGACCUGAGCCCCCCCGCUCACUUCUGCUUGUAAAUGUUCAAUAAUAAAGUAUCUUUUUCUGUACCUAA